AGGGAGUUUGCUGAGCUAUUUGUGCUCAUUCCAUUCUUUCUGACAUUACAAGAAAAGGUAAAGGCCUGAUAGAGUAGAAAGCGUUGAGGCAGGAUCUUCUGUGUCUGAGUGACUAAGGGUAAUUAGGAGAAAGAAAACCAUAUCCAGAUAUGGCUAAAGGAGAAAUUGCUGCUUUAAAGGAAGCUCUCCGCAACCAACAUCUUAUCAUAAAGAAGCUGUACGUUGAGUUAGAGGAAGAAAGAGAAGCUUCAGCAACUGCAGCCACUGAAGCUCUCUCUAUGAUCCUUCGCCUGCAGAGAGAGAAAGCUGCAGAGAAGAUGGAAGCUUGUCAAUACAAGAGAAUGGCAGAGGAACGGAUAAACCAUGCUGAAGAGACCUUGGAGGUGCUUGAAGAAGUCGUUCAGCAGAAAGACUUGGAGAUUGAAUCUCUCCGAUUCCAACUCAAGGCAAAUAAGCAAAAACAGACAAAUCAUGGCAUCAGCAUUCCAGACAUCGGAGAAAUGUUGCUUUGUGAGAACAAAUCAUGUUGUAAUGGUAUUUUUAGAAGGAAUGCUUCUUUGCCUUCACUUCGUGGGGAUGAGUUUAGUUUCGAUAAGAGAUUCCUUGAUGAUGAAAGUCCUAUAUUAUCCUCUAAGUUAUCUGUAUGGAGGAAGAUUGGUGAUUUCACAAAUCAACAUAUCGGGAUGAGUGAGAAUGAAGCAGAUGACUUGUUUGAUGAUCUGGUAGCUAGUGAAGGAAAGCCUCGAAGACAAUAUGAAGCUAUAGAAUUAAGCAGGAGGGAUAAAGGGUUUUUGCAGGCUAAAAUUUCAGCAUUUGGUUCUUGUUCCAGUGCGGUGGGCAAUGAGGUUCAAAGCAUUUCUUCACCUAUUGGCUCCAUGGCUUCCUGGUUUUCUGCACCUAUUAGUGAUGUUUCUACUGAUUCUUCUAAACGAGUGGAAGACAUGAAGUCAGAUAAUGAAGCCGUUUCUAGUUCACCUUCUCAAUAUGAAGAUAAUGAAAAUGCUUCUAGCCUAACAAGAAAUUUUAGUGGGAAAGCAAGGUAUUCUGCCUUAUUCCAUGACAUAUUUGGGGUUCCAGAGAGCCACAAAGAUUGCAAGCCUGGUGAACUUUGUAAGAUGUUAUUGCAGGAUGCAAUCUCGGAGACUAAUUCCAUGAUUGAAAUGCCAAAUAUGAUGCUAAAGGAAGUUCCAGAUUAUCUUAUCAAACAUGAUGAGGGCCUUAAUAAAACAUUCAUUGGCAAUCACAAUGAGGCCAAGUUCUCUUUGCCUGCUAAAGAGCCUAUCAUAGCAAAGUUGGGCAAGAUGUGCACACCGAAAAAGGGUACUUCUGUUAAUUAUCAAUGGGAUCUCAUCGAUCCUGGAAAUGGAAAUGUUAUUUCCCAUUCUGAUAUUGAACAGCUUAAAAGAAGACUGCAGAAGCUUGAGGAUGAGAGGAUUAUCUUGCAUGAGGAUUCUGAAAGAGGAAAGAAGCAGUUGAAGGAAAUGUUAAAGCAGCUGAAUUCAAUAGAGACUCAUAUAAAGAGGUCAACAUCCAGGAAGAACUCUCAUGUGGAUGAAUCCUCACUUGUCUCAAUAAUGGAGGCAGUUCUAUCAUUCUCAAUUUAGCCAAGCCUAUUUGAUACAUUCUCGACUGGCACUCCUCACAUCAACUCCAAUUUUUACUGGAUUUGCUUUAUUUAGACUUCGUUUGGGACGGCUUUCUUAUUGCUUCUUAAAGCAAUUUUUAAAUACAAAAAUUAAAAAUUUUGUACUAAAAAGCUGUUUUAAGAAGUAGUAAAAAAACCGUCUCAAAUGAAGCCUUAGUCUAGAUCAGAUAUCUUCUUGAACGGAGACUUCAGAGGAACUGCAGUGCUUUGUGGAUUCCUCUUUUUUUAUGAUUUAUUUUUAUGUUAUAUGUUUCUUUAUAUUGCAACGAAAGUAGAUCUUGAUUAGAACACAGUUGUAUAGUAACAUUGCAUUUGGCUGUUAUUAAAUGCCAAAAUUUGUAUAAUUCAGAACCUGUGGAUUGAGAUUCUAAAAAAAUAAAAUCACUUUUUAUCAAUUUCUGGAUUUUGUGCUCUCUGCUCUAUGAAUUUCUUCGAUCUGCUUGAAAUUGAUCCUUUUGCUGAUUAACUAAAUUAUAAGAACAUCUACAUGAUACAUUUGACUUUUUUUUUUUUGUUUUUUUGUUUUUUGUUUUUGAAACUCACAACGGGGCCUACGCGUUAUAUAAAAAAAGAGGUAUAAGUUCUUAUGAUCAGAAGCUCUCUAAAAGAAUAAAAUUUGAAGUAAACGAGUCUGAGAUCCUAUUUAUUACAAUAAGAAAAAAAAAAAACAGAAAA